AUGGGAUCAGGUAGCAUUGCUUGGGAGCAAAUCUGCAAACCAAAAAGAGCUGGAGGUCUUGGUUUCAAGGAUUUUUCUGUCUGGAAUAUUGCUACUAUUGGCAAGUAUAUUUGGGCUAUUGCAGAAAAGAAAGACAACUUAUGGGUUAAGUGGGUGCAUGAUGUUUAUAUCAGAGAUAAGGAUUGGUGGGAUUAUGUUGCCCCUUUGCAGAGUAGUUGGUAUUGGAAAAAAAUUGUUAAACUCAAAGAUCAGUUUAAAAAUUUGAGUUCAUUACAGAUGCUAACUAAUGGAUAUCAAAUUAGGAAGGGUUAUCAAAUGCUUUGUCCUAUAACUGAUCAUGUUCAUUGGUGUAAGGAGGUGUGGGGGAGAUUAAAUAUUCCCAAGCAUAGCUUUAUUCUUUGGCUAUCUGUUCAGAAUCGGUUAAAGACUAAAGAGAGGCUUCAAAGAUUCAAUAUUAUUAGUAACUCAAAUUGCCUUCUCUGUAACAGUCAUACAGAAACUGUUAGCUAUUUGUUUUUUGGUUGUGGCAUCAGUGUGAUCUGUCUUAGGCAUGUGCAACAUUGGCUGGGCUGGUAUGUAAAUGCCACUUCUUUGGUUGAUGUAUUACGUUGGAUUGAGAGAGCUAAAAUUAGUAAGUUCAGAAAGCUCAUGUACUCUGCUGCAAUUGCAGCUGUGACUUAUCAGAUUUGGCGAGGGCGUAAUGAGGUUUUGUGGCUGCAUAAACAUUUUUAUACUGAUGUAGUUGUACAGUCGAUUCAAGUUAAUGUAAAAAAUAGAGUCUGUUAUAGAUGGCCUAAGAAAGUGAGUCAAAAAGAUUUAGAUUAG